GAGGCUCAAAUUGAUGAUACACUUGAAAAUCAUUUUGAAAGUGAUGAAGAUGUGAUAGGAUAUGAAGAUGAAGAUUUUGAAUAUGAAGCAGGCUCACAUAAAGCGUUUCUAGAUCUUGGUGAUGCUACUUUUACAUGUGAAUUCUGUGAUGCAAUAUUUUGGCAUGCUGAAAAGUUAGCAAAAACAACUGCUUCUCACAGACCAAUUUUCACCAUGUGUUGUAAUAAAGGGAAUGUUGUCCUCCCUCCUAUGAAAGAACCUCCAUGUUUAUUAGAAGGAUUGAUAUUCGGACUUGAUGAGCGUAGUAGGCAUUUUCUAGAGAACAUUCGUUCUUAUAACUCCAUGUUCUCAUUCACUUCAAUGGGUGGAAAAAUAGAUACACAAAUAAAUGAUGGAAGAGCACCUCGAGUGUUUAGGUUGAAUGGGCAAAACUAUC